CCCUUUUAUUUUUCGAACCAAACCAUCGGAAAACCCCCCAACAGAGCACCGCGGCGGCGAUCACGCCGGGAACGCCAUCACCACCACCACAAAUGGCGUCAAACCACCACUACAGACGACCUCACCAACCUCUGACUUCUCCCUCCACCACCUACUUGUACAUCUUCCUCUCCAUAAUCACCCUCACCGCUCUUUUCCUCUACUCCUCUCACCACUUCACCUCCUCCACCACACCUAUAACAAUAAAACCGAUCAAUCAACACAUAUCCGGACAAAUCAACGACAAUGAAGCAUCAGCGGCAGUGUGCGAUUACUCGGAAGGCAAGUGGUUCUACGAUCCGACGGUCAGAUCUGGACGGUAUGAUGAGACGUGUAAGGAGAUAUACAAAGGAUGGAAUUGCAUUGCUGGUAAUAGAUCCGGUGCCAAGGAGAUUCUCAAGUGGCGGUGGCAGCCCAAUCACUGUGCGCUUCCGCAGUUUGAUCCCAUUCGCUUUCUCCAAUCGCAUAGGGAUAUUAGUAUCGGGUUUGUUGGUGACUCCUUAAAUAGGAACAUGUUUGUUUCUCUCUUCUGUUCUCUGAGACGUGUUACUGAUGAAGUAAAGAAGUGGCGUCCUGCUGGAGCUGAUCGUGGCUUUACGUUUCUCAAGUACAACCUCACUAUAGCAUAUCAUCGAACUAAUCUGUUGGCACGUUAUGGUAGGUGGUCAGGCAAUGCUAAUGGUGGUGAGCUGGAAUCUCUAGGGUAUAAAGAAGGUUACAGAGUUGAUGUUGAUAUACCUGACGGAACAUGGGCCGAGGCUCCAAGUUUUCAUGACAUUCUCAUAUAUAACACCGGCCACUGGUGGUGGGCUCCUUCCAAGUUUGAUCCUGUGAACUCCCCUAUGCUUUUUUAUGAAAAUGGUCAGCCAUUGAUACCGCCCUUGUCUCCUGAAGUCGGGCUUGAUGUAGUUUUAAAACACAUGAUAUCAUACGUGGAAGAAAAGGCAAGGCCAGGGACCGUUCUUUUUUUCCGUACUCAAUCACCUCGGCAUUUUGAAGGUGGUGACUGGGACCAAGGUGGUUCAUGUGCACGUCUGCAGCCAUUAUCACCACAUGAGGUUGAAGAAUUCUUUUCUGUGCAAAAUAAUGGAACAAACGUUGAAACACGGCUUGUGAACGAACACCUAUAUGAAGCAAUUAAGGGUAGUGCUUUUCGGUUACUGGAUAUUACGCGUAUGAGUGAGUUUAGAGCAGAUGCUCAUCCUUCUUUGGCUGGUGGAAAGAAACAUGAUGAUUGCAUGCACUGGUGCUUACCUGGCAUUACCGAUACUUGGAAUGAUUUGUUCAUCCAACAUCUAAGUAGCAUUAAGAUACGUUAACUGAAUAUUUAUUGUUCACGUAUGCUGAGGUAUAGAUUGUACAUUUUACAUUAUAUUAUUACUAGGAUUAGUUACAAUCCUUUGCUUUUUCCUGUUAUCAUAUCAUAUAUUUAUCUUGUAUUAUGAACUCUUGUAUUAUACCAUAAUUUUGUUUUUUUUA